AUGUGUAGUUUCACGCCUGAAGCAGAGUGUCAGAAGAAAAUUAUUGAAACCAUUUAUGAGAAACUGGAUUGUAAAAAAUUUCAUCUUCCAAACAAUCUACCAGGGAUGGCCUCUCGAUACGAGGAUAUCAGUUCCAUUAUAAAUGAACCCAAUGUUAACUUUAUAGCAAUUUGUGGCAUGGGUGGAAGUGGCAAGACAACAUUGGCAAAGUAUAUUUACAAUAGAAAUUUGAAAUCUUCUGAAAACAUUUGUUUUCUUGAAGAGAUUGGUGGCAGAUGUAAAGGACAUGAUGAUUUGCUUCAGCUGCAGGAACAACUUCUGAGUGAAAUUUUAGGGGGGAAGAAUAGAAAAAUACCCAGUGUUUCUCCAGUCACAUGUAAGAUUGAGGAGGCCUUACAAACAAAAAAAGCUUUUAUUAUUCUUGAUGACAUUUCUGAAUAUGCUCAGCUUGAAGCUUUACUUGGAACUGGGAAGAUUAAUGCCCAAAGUAAGAUUAUAAUAACAUCAAGGGUUCAAAUUUCAGACCAAUGGUUUGAGUCCAGAUCCUGGAGGUGUCGAAAAUAUGAAAUGAAAUUAUUGAAUGAUGAUGAAUCACUUGAUCUUUUAUGUGGUCAUACCUUCAUAUCCAAAUUUCCUACAGAAGGUUUCAAGAAGCUCUCAGUACAGGCAGUACACCAUUGUGAAGGAAAUCCACUGGCUCUUGAAGUGUUGGGUCGCUUGCUAGCAGAGGAGAACAGCCUCCAAUAUUGGAAAAGUACAUUAAGGUCAUUUGAAACAGAGAUUGCUUUUGGAAUUCAAUGCAUACUCCUUAGGAGCUACGAGUUGUUGCCACAUCACUUUAACAGACAGUUGUUUUUGCAUAUUGCUUGUUUCUUUGUUGGAAAAGACAAGGAUUAUGUGGAAAAGAUAUUGGAGGAUGAUUGUUCUGCAAUCUCUGGGAUCAAAAUCCUUUCGAACAGAUGCCUUCUUUCUGUUUCAACAAAGAAUAAACUGAUGAUGCAUAACUUGCUUCAGGAGAUGGGAAAAGAUAUAGUUCGUCAAGAAGCAAUAAAAUUCCCUGCAAAACGUAGUAGAGUCUGGCUUAGUAGCGAUUCUUAUAAGAUAAUGAGCAAAGGAGAGGGUUCGGAAACAGUGGAAGGUCUGACACUUGACAUGGAAAUGUUAAGGAAAGAGGAAUUUCCAAUCAAGUCAUUAAAACUCAAGACAGAUGCACUUAACAAGAUGGAUAAAUUAAAAUUGCUCCACUUUAAUCUUGUGUAUCUUGACGGGUCCUACGAGAAUGUUUCAGAAGAUUUAAGAUGGCUCUGCUGGUUUGGCUUCCAUCUAAAAACUAUACCAUCUGACUUAUCCAUGGGAAAGUUGGUGGCUUUAGAUUUGAGUUACAGCAAAUUGGAAGUAUUUGAACCGCCCAUGGUUCUUCAAUCACUGAAGAUUCUAAAUCUUAAAGACUCAUACAACCUAGUCGAAAUCCGCAACAUGUCCAGGAUCCCUCAUCUUGAGACUUUGAUUCUUUGGAACUGUCACAGUCUUGUUCGUGUUUGUGAUUCCAUUGGACAACUGGCUAGUCUUGCACUACUGAACAUGACAGGCUGUAAAAAGGUUUGUAAGAGACAGAAAAGAAAUGCAUUAGUGAGGCUAGUAGCUUCUAGUUUUAGUGGAGGAGUUGCAGAACAGCCUACCUUUUCCUUCCCACAAUCAUUAAAACAGUUAUUCCUCAAGGACUGCCAUCUCGAGUGUACUGAUUUUUUUCCUUUAAAUUUCCGUUUUCAAACAUCAUUGAAAUACUUGAAUUUAGGCAAUAGUCUAUUUGAGCUUCUGCCUUGUUAUGAACAUCUUAAAAGUCUCCGGGUUCUUGACUUGAGUUUGUGCUUAAGACUCAAAUGGAUUCUAUGUCUCCCAAGCACACUUACAGAAUUGUAUGUAUACUACUGUAAGUCAUUAGAGAAAAUAAGUUUCCAAUCGCAUCGAUUCACAUUGCAAGAGUUUGGCUAUGAAGGAUGUAUUAGUCUGUCUCAAAUCGAAGGCUUUAUCAAAUUGGUUCCUAUAGCCAAACUUGAAGAAAAUGAUUUGGGACACAUGAACUGGCUAAAAGAAUAUCAAAAUCGUGAGAUCUGUCUUGUUGGUGAUGACGAGCUCACCAAAGGCAGAAGUCCCUGUGUCCAGAUUUUAUAUGAAUUUGGUAUAAUGAGCACAUCUCUGCCAGACAUAAAGGAUCCAAACAUGAAGCCUGAUUAUGUAUCAAAAGAAUCGAGUUUGUCCUUUGAGGUGCCUUCGUGUCCAAUGAUUAGGAAGCUCAAAGGACUUGAUGUAACUUUCAGAUAUACAAUAUCAGGUGACGAUUAUAUGGCAUGGUUCUGUAAAAUCAGUACAACCAAUGGUGUUGAUUUGAUGUACAACCCCAAAGUCUUUGGAAAACCUAAAUUCGGUAAUGUUGGAAUAUGGUUAAGCUAUUGGCCAAUUGGAAACACAUUGGACAUUGGAGAUAUAGUUAAUGUUUCUAUUGUUGUGAUGAGUGGAUUAGAGGUACAGGAAUGUGGUGUGAGCCUUGUUUAUGUUGAUGAAAAUGUAACCAAGGAAACCUUGAAAAAUAACAUGGACUGGGAAGAAAUUCUUGGAGGAGAUUUGUCUGGAUUUCAACUCAGCACAGGAGCAUACUAUCUUUGUCGUCGUGAUUUCUAUGAGUUGAUGAACGUUGGUAAACUGACUCUUGAUUGGUUUAGAAUUUUAGUUGGUGAUACCAUUGACGAUACUGAGGUACGGGGAUGGAGAAAGACAGGUAGACCUAAGCAGUUGAAUCCAUCAUUUACCGAGUUGAAAAAUUUUCAAUGCAUCAUCCAUGGUCCUCAAUUGGAGGAAGUUUACAAGAUCGCAAAGAUGCCGAAAUCAUCUUUUGUAGAUAAAACUUUGGAGUUCACAUCAAGCAUGUUUGGGAAGACAAUGAAAUCUUCCACAUCAUCCAAAUCUAGCGAUACAACAAUAGAGAAAAGGUCUCUGAAAGUGGUUCUGAAAGUGGAUUUUCCAAAUGAUAAGGAAAAAAUAAAGGCUUUCAAGAAACUUUCCAGACUUUCAGGGAUCGAUUCCAUAUCUGCUGACAUGAAAGACAAGAAAUUAACGGUAACCGGGGACAUUGAUCCAGUUCAGAUUGUCGCAAUCCUUAGAAAAUCUUGGCACACAGAAUUAGUGGCUGUUGGACCAGCCAAAGAAGAGAAGAGGGAUGGAAAGAAAGAAGAGAAGAGGGACGGAAAGAAAGAAGAUAAGGAUGAUGAUCAGAAGAAGAAAGAAGAAGCUCUUUUGGAAGCUUACAAGAGCUACAAUCCUUACAUGCCACAUUAUUACUCUACUCACAGCGUAGAAGAGAAUCCAAAUGCCUGUGCUAUUUGCUGAGUUCUUGAAAGAUACUGGAAGCAUACAAGAAAAGAUGCAUUAAGUACAUGUAUAUUGGGGUACUUUUUAUUACAGGGUGUUAUUUUGUAUCAUAAUUGACCAUUUUAUGGUCUGAUUCUGUUUCCUUUUCUUUAGACCUGGUUGUUAUAGUUUCCUUGUUUUCAAUACCUAAUCUGUAUUUGUAUUGACGGUUCCUUACUAUUUAAAUGAAGUCUUUUACCAAUUUUUUCA